AUGCAUACCCGUGAAAACCCAUACAAAUGUGAGUUUUGUGGUAGGCCAUUCAGAAGUCGAAACACUCUGAAGGCUCAUAGUCGGACACAUAUCGGUGGAAAACCAUACGAAUGUGACGUAUGUGAUAAGGCAUUCACACAGAGUGGAAAUUUGGAGAGACACGCACGAAUGGCGCACGAGAAAAUAACACUCGAAUGGAAUCAGUAUGGUGGAAAGUCACCUCAAAAAUCUAAUUUCAAGAAACAGAAAAAAGUGCACAAAAGUCGAUCAAUGGCAAACGAGACGG